AUGGCCAAUGUGACUUUGGUCAAAGAGUUCAUUCUUGUGGGAUUUCCGCAGUUACAGGAGCUGACAAUGGUGUUUUAUACCGUAGUUCUACUGAUGUACCUUCUGUCCCUUUUAGGGCACACUUUAAUCAUCUUUGUUGUUAUCAUGGAACCCAUGCUCCAUACGCCAAUGUAUUUCUUCCUCCUCAACUUCUCCCUGGCUGAGAUCUGUUCCACCUCCGCAGAAAUCCCCAAAAUGUUGACCAAUAUCAUCUUGGGUCAAAACACCAUCUGUUUUGCAUGCUGCGUGGCCCAAUUUUUCACCGUCUUUGCAAUGGGAGGGGUUGAGUUCCUGAUGCUCUCGAUCAUGUCUUUUGAUCGCUACAUGGCCAUUUGUAAGCCUUUGCUCUAUAACAUGGUUAUGACCAAUCCAUUCAUCUUUCAGUUGGCUUUGGGGUCUUGGAUUGCUGGGAUCCUGAUUGUCUUUUCUCAGACCGUAGUGAUAUGGACAUUCCCUUAUUGCAGGGACAACGUCAUUGACCACUUCUUUUGUGACGUCGGACCCGUUCUGAGAUUGGCCUGCGCUGAUACCACUCUGAUAGAGAGAAUUGGUCUCAUCUAUGGUGCCACUUUCAUGUGGGGGUCCCUUGGCCUUUCCCUGCUAUCAUACAUGAACAUUGUAGCUGCUAUAAUCCGGAUUUCUUCUUCCACUGGACGCUCCAAAGCCUUCCUCACCUGCGCAUCCCACCUCACCGUUCUAAUUAUCUUCUACGCAGCAGACAUGAUCAUGUACUUGCGUCCUUCUACCCAUGGGGAUCCUCAACUGAAUAAAGUCAUAUCACUUGUGCGCACCAGCUUUGUACCCAUGUUGAACCCUUUCAUCUACACAAUCCGGAACACUGAAUUCAAGACAGCUCUCGACAAAACAAUGAGACGGGUGGUGGUUUUUUAG